AUGACUUUAUAAUAAAAAAAUAAUCGGAACAUAAAGCCAGGCAAAUAUUUUCAUUAAAAACUAAAAGUAGGUAAAAUAACUUUCUAAAAUAUAGUUACAAACUUAUUGAGUGAUUGGUGCAUUAAGUAUCAGCAAAACCAAAAAAUUUCAAAUUAUUACAAAUAUGAUGCAUGA